CCCUUUUUCUUUGCCCCCCAACUCCUCCAAACUUCAUUUUAUUGGAAGACCCCUCCCAAUUUUCUAAUCUCUCUUUAAAAAAUCCUUAAAAAUUAUCAAUGGAGAAAUCUGUUUAUUCAUCCGCCCAACAAUUCCCUCACCCAUUGCCUUCCUUUCCCAGCUCCGCCGUGGAAAGCGGUUGGACUGCCUAUUUGGACAACCCCUCCGACGAUGACACCAACACUUACCCCACCUCCUCCUUGCUCUCUGACGCCGCUUCUCACGCUGUCGCUGCCGCCCAUCCUCCAACUACGCUCACCAACCACCUCAAAAUCCCAACCAAGUUGAUUCUCAAGCCUAAACAACCACACUUUUUUGUUGAUACUUCUCUUGAAGAUACUGCCAGUUCUCCUGAUAAUAGCCCCAAGGUUGGUGAUCAUUUGGGGCCGUUCGAUGGGAAUCAUUAUCGGAGAAAGAGUUCACUGGGAAAUGGAGAGAAAUAUAGAGAUCAUGAAAGAAGAUUGGAGAUAGGUUUUAAAAGGAAGGCUUCUGAAUACACAGACUUGAAGAAAAGAGGAUUGUGUUUGGUUCCUUUGUCCAUGCUCACAAAUUACUUGGAUUGAAAAUUUGGUAUACGAGAAGCAUAUAUAGUUCGGUAAAUAAGAUAUAUAUACUUGAUAUUAUCGAUAUUCCA